AAGGACCGACACGUCUCUUUUAAAACGGAAUUACUACUUUACCCAAUGGAAUAGCUUCUUUUUCGCGCCCAGCUGCAGCUAUAAAAUGUGCGAUUUUCUUCUUUCACCUUAGUUGCUUCUGGUGUAGGCUUUAAAACACAGCAUUAUGUCUGGACGUGGCAAGCAAGGCGGCAAAGUUCGCGCCAAGGCCAAGACUCGCUCUUCUCGCGCCGGGCUCCAGUUUCCCGUGGGCCGAGUGCACCGCCUGCUCCGCAAGGGCAACUACGCUGAGCGGGUCGGGGCCGGCGCACCGGUGUACUUGGCGGCGGUGUUGGAGUACCUGACGGCCGAGAUCCUGGAGCUGGCGGGCAACGCGGCCCGCGACAAUAAGAAAACGCGCAUCAUCCCGCGCCACCUGCAGCUGGCCAUCCGUAACGACGAGGAGCUCAACAAGCUGCUAGGCAAAGUCACCAUCGCUCAGGGCGGCGUCCUGCCCAACAUCCAGGCGGUGCUGCUGCCCAAGAAGACCGAGAGCCACCACAAGGCCAAGGGCAAGUAAGGCCUCAAGAGCAACGCCUUCGAAACCAAAGGCUCUUUUCAGAGCCACCUACUUUUUCUGCGGAGGAGCUGGGACAGUAGUUUCAUUUAAUUCCAUUGUCAUUAUUGCCUGGGGAAAAGAAAUUACUUCAUGUAAUUAAUUUGGCAAGCAGUUUGAGCCACUUUUCGGACUCCUAGUCAUGUCCUCGGAAUGUCAGGAAGAUAUCAAGAGCUGUUGGUAAGGAAGUGAGUGCAGUGUCAAGACGCAAAAUCAAAGUAUCUUUAAGGGCCCCUGAAGACAAUCAAAACACUUUCUCGGCUUAUUUGCGGUAUAACUCGACCUCUGCCAGUGCUAAAGUUAUGCUCUGUGCCUUGAUUCCUGCAAUAACAAAAAUAGAUGUGUGCAGUGAAUUAGGUGGUGCAUAAACCGGAAUAAAAACGUCUACCAUUUGAACAGAAACAGUUUACCUAUCUGAACGUGACGCGGGCUUUUUAACUUUAAAAAUUUCUUUGUAGCUAAACACCCAGGAACCAAAAUGUCUUAAAAUGGUCAACUCACAUUUAACGUGUUUGUGGACAAUUUUGCAGGUUCCUGGAUGCAGGUCAAAUUUUCUAACUUUGUUGUGCUUUAAAAAGAGUAUGUUUUUCGCUUUGAGUUCCAAGCAGGAGGAAAGGUGAAAACGUUUAGUGGAAGUAGAGGGCAAGCAAUUUUUUCUUGGCGGGCGGCUGAGAAUUGUUACU